CCUACUCUCAACACAGUCCCGAACUCUGGCAGCGAGACCGGGCACUGUGCCCGGGGCCGCCUCUUCCAGGAAAGGGUGCCGGGCGCGCAGUCAGGAGGGAGAGGGUCCGUGUGGGCUGUGCGUUGGGGAAGUCGCUUGUUCGGCUUAAUGAGGUCCAGCGUGGGAACGAGCUACAUCGAAGACAGCUCCGGCCGAGAUAGCGCCAUCUCGCUGAUCUUCUCCCUCAAAGAAGAGGUCGGUGCCUUGGCCAAAGUCUUGCGCCUGUUUGAGGAGAAUGGCAUCAACCUGACCCACAUCGAAUCCAGACCGUCCCUUCUAAACAAAGAUGAGUACGAGUUUUUCACCCACCUGGACAAGCAGAGUGUGCCCGCCCUGUCCAGCAUCAUCCAGAUCCUGAGGCAUGACAUCGGCGCCACCGUCCACGAGCUCUCGCGAGACAAGAAGAAAGACACCGUGCCCUGGUUCCCAAGGACCAUCCAGGAGCUGGACAGAUUCGCCAACCAGAUCCUCAGCUACGGGGCGGAGCUGGACGCGGACCACCCGGGCUUCAAGGACCCUGUGUACCGAGCCAGACGGAAGCACUUUGCUGACAUCGCAUACAACUACCGCCACGGGCAGCCCAUUCCCCAGGUGGAAUACACGGAGGAGGAGAAGAAAACAUGGGGGACGGUGUUCAGGACCCUGAAGUCCUUGUAUAAAACCCACGCCUGCCACGAGCACAAUCACAUCUUCCCACUCCUGGAAAAGUGCUGCAGCUUCCGCGAAGACAAUAUCCCCCAGCUGGAAGACGUGUCCCAGUUCCUACAGACGUGUACCGGAUUCCGCCUCCGACCCGUGGCCGGCCUGCUGUCUUCUCGAGAUUUCUUGGGCGGCCUGGCCUUCAGAGUCUUCCACUGCACGCAGUACAUCAGGCACGGGUCCAAGCCCAUGUACACACCCGAGCCGGACGUCUGCCACGAGCUGCUGGGACACGUGCCCUUGUUUUCAGACCGCAGCUUUGCUCAGUUUUCCCAGGAGAUCGGCCUUGCCUCACUGGGCGCCCCUGAUGAGUACAUCGAGAAACUGGCCACUAUCUACUGGUUUACUGUGGAGUUUGGGCUCUGCAAACAAGGCGACUCCAUCAAGGCCUAUGGUGCUGGGCUCCUGUCAUCCUUCGGUGAAUUACAGUACUGCUUGUCUAACAAGCCGAAGCUCCUUUCCCUGGAGCUGGAGAAGAUGGCGGUCCAGCCGUACACCGUCACCGAGUUCCAGCCCCUCUACUACGUGGCGGAGAGUUUCAGUGAUGCCAAGGAGAAAGUGAGGAACUUCGCUGCCACAAUCCCACGACCCUUCUCAGUUCGCUACGACCCCUAUACCCAGAGGAUUGAAGUCCUGGACAAUGCUCAGCAGCUGAAGAUUUUGGCAGACUCCAUCAACAGUGAAGUUGGAAUCCUUUGCAGUGCUCUCCAGAAAAUAAAGUGAAGCUAUGGACAGAACGCGGUGUCAGCUGAGAAUCUGUCGGCAGAAAUCUAUUUCUUUCAUCCAAAAUCUGAAAAGAAAGUCUUAAUUUGAAACAACAGCUUUAAAGCCUUUUUUGGGG